GAAUGGGUGUCAGUGUAGGCCAACCAGCUCGCCUGAUUACGUUGAAGGUGAAAGGUUGUUGCUGUCAUCAUUACUGCCGCGAUAGCUGGAUGGAGGUGGCGGGAGGGGUUGCUCGCGCAGACGGGAGCUUUCAGAAAGCUCAGCCACAGCCAGCCGUCUCUCUGCCGCUAAUGAGACGCUAGCACACAGACCAUAACCGAGUAGAGAUUCCCCGUCAUCUCCAUGCACGGAAUCUGUAACAUCCAGUUUGUCGGUGCGGCAAAAGCGCUGGUAGAUCGAGAGAGGAUUUGCGUUGUACAGUCUUGGAUUGGCGAGGAAGCGUUUCAUCUCGUUAUGUAAUUGCACGGAUGCAGCGUCUGGCUGAUUGUGUACACACCGCUGGAUUUCCAGCAAGAACGACGAGUGCGUAGUUUUGUGGGCUGCGGAAGAAUAUAGCCCAUUCCCGAGGACACAAUAUGCUAUUUGUCUAGAGAAAUGCGAUGGGAAAUAAUAUGAUUGGACACAUUUCUCGUAUCUGAGGCGCAAGUUCCUGGCCCGGUGUGCUGAUGCUCCAGUGACAGAAAGAAGAAAAAAAGAGAAUCACGUCUGCCUGCUCUUACAGAAGGUGCUCAGCUCCAGCUUAACCCCUCUCGGACAAAUGGCGGGGCCUAACCAAUCUCAGCAUGAGCAGGUAGAGGAGAAGCCUCCGAUUGAUGAUGCGGAGCUAGCCCUUCAAGGCAUCAACAUGCUACUGAACAACGGCUUCAAAGAGAGCGAUGAGCUCUUCAAAAAAUACAGAACCCACAGUCCUUUGAUGAGCUUUGGAGCCAGUUUUGUGAGCUUUCUGAAUGCAAUGAUGACCUUUGAAGAGGAGAAGAUGCAAAUGGCGUGCGAUGACCUGAAGACAACAGAGAAGCUGUGUGAGAGUGACGUUGGGGUCAUUGAGACCAUUCGCAACAAAAUCAAGAAGAGUGUGGACAGCCAGCGGGCGGAGCUGAAAGUGACCGAGCGCCUCCAGAGGCAGAUCAUUGUGGCGGACUGCCAGGUGUACCUCGCUGUCCUCUCUUUCGUCAAACAGGAACUCUCAGCAUAUAUCAAAGGAGGCUGGCUCCUCCGCAAGGCCUGGAAGAUGUACAACAAGUGCUACAGCGACAUCAACCAGCUGCAGGAGUCCGUCUGCCAGUCGGCGCUGCAGGACGGGGAGGGCGUGUUCUCCACGGACCAGGCCAACCACAACACCCUCGGAGGGGGUGCGGAGGGUGAGGGCCAGGGGGUGACGGCGGAGGCCCUGGGACGCCUGAAGGGCUCGGUCAGCUUCGGCUACGGCCUGUUCCACCUGUGCAUCUCCAUGGUGCCACCGCACCUCCUGAAGAUCGUCAACCUGCUGGGCUUCCCCGGAGACCGGCACCAGGGCCUGGCCUCAUUGGCCUACGCCAGCGAGAGCAAGGACAUGAAGGCACCACUGGCCACCUUGGCGCUCCUGUGGUACCACACCGUGGUGCAGCCGUUCUUUGCUAUGGACGGGUCAGACUCUCGAGACGGGCUCCUGGAGGCCAAAGCCAUAUUGCUGAAGAAGUCAGUGGUCUACCCCAACUCCUCUCUCUUCAUCUUCUUCAGAGGACGUGUGCAGAGGCUUGAGAAUCAGAUCAACAGUGCUCUCACAUCCUUCCAUGAUGCUCUGGAACUUGUCUCAGACCAAAGAGAGAUACAGCACGUGUGUUUGUAUGAAAUAGGUUGGUGCAGCAUGAUUGAGCUGAACUUUGAGGAUGCAUAUAAGGCCUUUGAGAGGCUGAAGGAUGAGUCACGGUGGUCCCAGUGCUAUUACGCAUACCUGACUGGAGUGAACCAGGGGGCUGCUGGAGAUAUGGAAGGGGCCAAAGCUAUCUUCAGAGACGUGCAGAAACUGUUUAAACGCAAGAACAAUCAGAUUGAGCAGUUUGCCCUUCGAAAGGCUGAAAGGCUUAGAAAAACAUCUCCUACCAGAGAGCUUUGCAUUCUGGGUGUGGUAGAGGUGCUUUAUUUGUGGAAGGCCUUGCCCAACUGCUCAGCAACAAAACUCCAGGUCAUGAGCCAAGUUCUGCAAGGUCUGGAGGACCCGCUUCACAAUGGUCUAAAACAUCUGCUGCUUGGUUCCAUACAGAAGUGUCUUGGAAAUGUUAAAGAUGCCCUUCAGUCCUUCCAGGUGUCAGCCAGAGAUGAGCUAUGCAGGCAGAGUAACUCCUAUGUCCAGGCGUAUUCUGUCUACGAACUGGGCUGUAUGCUGCUCAGCAAACCAGAGACGGUGGGAAAGGGGCGGUCAUUGCUUCUUCAGUCAAAGGACAACUUUACUGGCUAUGACUUUGAAAACAGGCUCCAUGUCCGUAUCCACUCCGCUCUGGCGUCUUUGAAGGACGUGGUUCCGCAGUGAUGUCAUCAGUGGCAACAGGAAGUUAUUGUUCAGUUCCCGCCCCCUUCUCCUCUGACCUCUGGCCUCUGCACUUCUGUCCCCUUUUUAGCAAAACAUUACAAGCCGAUCAUUUGACAGUUGUGUGUUUUUUUAAACAACUUGACAGACGAGAAACACUUUGACAACUGUUUGCGUGACCGAUUGUUAGCAGUCCAAUUUCAUGUGAUAAUUUCUAUUCUAUGGUAUUCACUUAAGCAUCAACGUUUUCGAACGAAUCUGAUUUUGGCCUCCUUAGGGUUUUGGUGCAGUGAAUUUCUGGUAGGAUAAUGAAGAUCCACAAGACCCUCUCAUGAAGAAUCACCUCUUACUCUGUGCGUGGACAGAGAAGAGUGUGCAGGGCAGUGACAGGAAGUUACUCCUUACGCUUACUCCUGUGGUGUUCAGUGAGGGCCAUGACUUUCUUGUUUGACCAAUAAUGAAUCAGUGUCUUUUGAAGGUAUCCUACGUCGGUUGUUGUUGCUGUUAUUUGUUUCAUAAAUGCCAUUACAGAGAUCAGCAAAUAGUUUGGCAGCUGAUGCAUGACUACAGAGUCUCAGUCUUAACUCUGAGUCAGUAAUGAAACAGGGUUUCAUUUUGUUUUCGGUGAUUGCCAUUAUUUCUCAGAUCAAUAAUUGUUGAAUCACUGCAUCUUUGGCAGUAGUGAUAAUUAACUACCAUCCUCUUGCAAGGACAUUUUGAUAGGUCUAAACAAUAGCCACAUGCAGUUCAAGGUGCUGAGGAGAUACAUAUGCCAGAUUGUAUGAUUUGAAUUACUCUCCUCUGAAUUUCCGUGCCCUUUUCUCCUGCAUUGCACCCGACUUCCUCCCGGUCUAUUCUUGUGAUUCAUGGGGCAAACAUCAUCUCAGGACACGUAACACUAUCCACCUCUCCAACACACUCACGUCACAGUCCCUCAUAGCCUUGAUUUGAACAUUACAAGUGAUUGGGUAAGAUCCUAUACAUUGAACUGUCGUUCAUGCAAACUUCUGCUUACUCCCGACGUCAACACUUAAACCAUGUGGCAUAAUAGAUUAAUACUUUGGAGUCUCUCCUAAUGGGGAUGUCCUCUACAGAUUUACAGUAUACCUGCCUUAAGUUGGCAGCAUCAGUAUUUUAUCCAGUCUCGCCAAUUGUGUUUUUACUAUUUGCUUAAUUCUUUAUCUGUUAGGAUGAAAAGUACAGCUCCAGGCCUUUUUAUUAGAAUACC